CCUACUGCAGCGACGCAAACAGGGCGUUGUUCCCGUUAAAGGGGAACGCCAGGAGCCUCCCACUGCCCCCUUGCUUCGCGCGCGCGCAGCCCUGCAGCGCAGCUUUGGCGGCGCCAGCAGCGGAGCCAACGCACCCGAGUUUGUGCUUGAGGCCACCCUGAGGAUCGGAACAGCUGUUCCUUUGGGCUGCAGAAACUCCCCUGAGCAGAACUUGCCGCCAGAAUGCUCCUCCUGUUGCUGAGUAUCAUCGUCCUCCACGUCGCGGUGCUGGUGCUGCUGUUCGUCUCCACGAUCGUCAGCCAAUGGAUCGUGGGCAAUGGACACGCAACUGAUCUCUGGCAGAACUGUAGCACCUCUUCCUCAGGAAAUGUCCACCACUGUUUCUCAUCAUUGCCAAACGGUCCAGUCACAUCUUCUAUGCCUAUCUCAGCUGCUGACACGUGACUCAGCUACUUCCAUUUUCCUUGGAAAAGUAGGAGCUGGAAAGGACCUUAGAGGUCAUUCACAUCAACCAUCUCAUUUCACUGAUGAGGAAACUGAGACUUGGACCAGUGGAAGUCAGCUACCAUGUUGUAAGGACACUCAAGCAAUCCUAUGGAGAGGCCCAUGUGAUGAGCAACUGAAGCCUCCUGCCAACAGCCACGUGAGGGCACCAUCAUGGAAGCAGAUCCUCCAACUCCACCCAAGCCUUCAGAUGAAUAUAGCCCUGACCGACAUCUUCACUACAAUCUCAUGAGAGAAACCGAGCCAGCACUACCUAGCUAAGAUGCUGCCAAGUUCCUGACCCAUAGAAACUGUGAGAUAAUAAAUGCUUGUUGUGUUAAGCCA